CCACUCUUCUAGCGGGAAUCCUGACUGAGUCCUCCUGACAUUCACAUGAUUUCACUCCUUUUCCGACAAAGCAAUCCCAAGUCCCAAGGCCCAAAUCCUCCCGGAUUCAGCUUUAAAAUCUAACAUGAAUCCGCCUUUGCCCUCUCAAGGCGGCUCGGACAAGCAGCUCGACUAUCUGAAGUCCGGCAUGGACAUAAAUUGUGGCGUGGCCCUGAGUCUGGUGAGCCGCAUCCUUCAAUCCGACCCAGAACGCUCUCGAGCCGUCCAAUCACUCCGUGAAGGCUUAUCCGAUUAUAUUCGACAAGAGCAAGAUUACAAGGACUCGAUGGAAGCCCUCCGAGGUCUUUGGCAUCAAGUGGCUCAACAAGUGGACCAAGGCGACUUCUCGCAAGUCCACGAGAUCGACCAGACCUUUGCCGCUGUCAAAGAGCGUUUGGCAGGUCCCGUCACGGAAAUCGAGAUCGCUAAACAUCCAAUGAUCGUUCAAUUUGAGCUCCGAGCUCAAAAUGUUUGUCAAGGUUUGGAAGCUAGUCAGAUGGAAGCUGGAAGUGGACAUUCCGAGGAUCAAGAUGAUGAUUUGGAGACCACGCUAGUGAGCGGGGAUCAUCGAGAUCCGUUCACGAGGAAAAAGCUCGUUCAUCCCGUACAGAACGUCCUUUGCGGGCAUAACUACGAGCGCGACACCAUUUUCGAACUCAUCAAGACCAGUUCCAGGACCAAAUGUCCGAUUUCAGGAUGUCGGAAUACCCAAGUCAUUGUGGCUAACCAUUUAAAAGCGGAUUGUAAAUUGAAACGCCUCUUGGCGGCUGAUUGAGAAUGCUAUGACAAACAGACCAAUAGGUGCCAUAGGUGAAAUUGUGGGGUUUGAGUAACGUGCUUUUUCUUUCAG